UUUACGACACAGUGCUGUUCGUGCGUGAGCGUGGAGGAAAUGGUAGCAAGAUGGCGGCGUUGAAGGAGGAGCAGUGCUACGGAUUGUCUUGUGGACGAGUGAGCAAUGGCAGUAAUGUCUCCGUCUUUCACGUAAAACUCACUGACAGCGCCUUGAAAGCAUUUGAAGGUUAUCAGAGCAGCAAGGGCCUGUCUUCACAACCGCUGAUCCGAUUUACUGGAAGCCAAGGGAAAAUCUCAAUACCGUGGUCGAAAAAUCCGAAUGAGCUGCGACUGUUUACUUUCUACUUGUCCAAUGUGGGUAGGGACAACCCACAAGGCAGUUUUGACUGCAUCCAGCAGUACAUCACCAGUGAGGGGAGCAUUCAGCUGGACUGCCUGGGUGGAAUCCAGGACAAGAUCACGGUGUGUGCCACGGACGACUCUUACCAGAAGGCCAGGCAAAGCAUGGCUCAGGCAGAGGAGGAGACCCGCAGCAGGGGUGCGAUCGUCAUCAAGCCUGGGGGGAGAUACGUGGGUAAGAAGGUGCAGAUCCGGAAACCGGCACCUGGGCUGUCUGACAUCGCUCCAUCGCGGCGGACGUCGCGGCCUGUCAUCAUCUCUAGCAGUGCGGCAAAGAAGAGCACGGCGCAGCAGAGGCCCCUGAGGGAGCGCCUCACCCACCUGCUGGCCCUCAAGCCUUACAGAAAGCCUGAGCUCAUCCUGCGCCUGCAGAAGGAUGGCCUCUUGCCCUUUGACAAGGACUCUCUGGACAGCCUCCUGCAACAGGUGGCUAACCUAAAUGUGAGAGACAACACCUUCACAUUGAAGGACUCUUUGUUCAAGGACAUUCAGAAGGAUUGGCCAGGCUACACUGAGGGAGACCAGCAACUUCUGAAGAGGAUCCUUGUUCGGAAAAUGUGUCAGGCCCAGAGUCAGACUCCGAGCACCACCACAGUGGCUCCUCCAGCUGAGGUCCAACUCCCAGUGAGCCCUCCCAAAGAGCUGGCUAGCAGCUCCCCGUCGCAGAAACGACCUGCUGCAGAUUUCAUCGAUCCUCUGGCCAACAAAAAGCCCAGGAUAUCACACAUGGCUAACAAAACAGCGGUGCCAAUAAAUGGCAAGCCGAGUUCCUCCAAUGGAAAGGAGGGGAGUGGGGCAGUGGUUGCGGCGCCAGCGGUUGAAGGCGUGACGUCCAGCUCCCAGCUCCCCCUACUUGACAUCCACCGGCCCUUCGACCCACUCUCCGACGUUAGUAACGACUCCAGCCACAAUGGCCGGGACUGUGAGGGCCAAGAGGCCGCUGUAGCUGAGAGACUGAGCCAGCCACCAGUCUUCUCUGGGCCUGCAGCGCUGUCCGUACCAACCCUGGGCCUCUCGUCCCUCGGACACACCGGCCUCGAUGGGCCCCAGGGCAAGAGCACCUUGCCCUCCCUGCACGGCAAGUCCAAGAAGAAGUCCAAAAAACACAAAGACAAGGAAAAGUCCAAAGAGAGGGAACGGGAUAGAGAGAAGGAGAGGAAAGGAGCAGAGGAGCGUGUUCCUGAGCCAAGAAAAGCCUGUGACAUCACCUCCAGCCCCGAGAACCUGAAGAGCAGUAGUAUUCCACACAGCAGCACAGAUCUCAAUGGAAUGUGCAACAACACCAGUGUUCCUUCGUCAUCGACUGAGAUGGCAGACUAUUUAUCGGAGUAUACCGUGAUUGGCUCUUCCGAGCAGCGUCAAACAUACAAGAAUUACUUUAAUACUGAGUAUAGUGAGUACCGGGGCCUCCACGCUCGGAUAGAGGGCAUCACCCGGCAGUUCACUGUGCUCGACACUGAGCUUAAGCAGCUCCAACAAGGCACAGACAAGUACAAGACAAUCCACAAUCAGAUACUCCAAGAGUAUCGUAAAAUAAAAAAGACGAAUCCAAACUAUAGCCAAGAGAAGAACCGCUGUGAAUAUCUACACAGCAAACUGGCACAUAUAAAGAAACUUAUAGCAAAGUAUGAUCAACAGCAACUUCAAAACUGGACUGGUUGACAUUUUCUCUUUUCUCUCUGCAAACCGAAGAAAGAGAAACUCUGGAUUCUGUUAGCUCUAAAAUAACUUAUUAAAGAUGCCAUGAAGGGAGGGAUUAUUCCUAAAGAUGCCAUGAAGGGAUGGAUGAUUCCCCUCAUUGGGGCCAAAAGCACUAGUGAGGACAAAGCAGACCACAUUUCUUUUUUUUGUGACACUGGCAUGUUUGGCCAGAUCUCUGUGUAGCUACACUGCAUCCGGAAAAGCUUUGCGUGCUGUUUCUCAUACUCUGUCCUAAGUGCACAGAGAUCUCUCAAUGGAAAAACCACAUUCUUUGGAGAUCUCCAAAACAGCCUUUCCUGGUUUGUAGACUGGGCGGUGGUGGUGACACUGAAAUGGAGUCGGCAGAUCUUAUGCCAAAUGCAAAUAGUUUGUUUGAGAACAGAUACAAUGUAAUGAAUUAUAUGGUAUCACAUUUUUCCCCAUAUAUUGAAAUGGAAGGUUCUAAACUCUAUUUGACUGUUUUUUUAUUUAUUAUUUCAUUUUUGUUCUUCCAUAGGAGUAACAAGUUCUGUUAUUUUACACUCCUCAAUAUCAGUACUACAAAGCAGUGUCUCUUGUUUUUUUCUUCACAUCUUGAAUGUUAGUCAGUAUUUUAUGCAAAAACUGCCUUGGCAAUCAAAUUGUCCAUCUGUUGCAGUUCAUUAUUUUCUUUCCUUUUAAAGAGAUGCACCUAUCCCCAUCAAUUUAAUAAAGACAAUGCUAUAAAAAAUCGUCAGGCA